UUCUAUUCUAAACUCUAGGGGAGGUGUCCCACAAUUCGACCGAAGAAAAACAAAAAUAAUAACAAAUAAAAUUAAAUAAAUAAUUAAAUUAGUUAGCUUUAAAUAAAACAUCAAAUUAUGCCAUUAACAUUGUGAUAAUUAUUUCAUUUAUUACAUUUGCUUUGUUUGAAAAGAAUUCUUCGUGAUAAAAAUUGAAAAAGACAAAAGUGGAAAAAAAGUAGGACACAAUGUCUUUCAAUUAUUCAAACAACAUGGGUCGCAAUCCAAUGCAUAAUAUGAUGCCUUUAAUGAAUAACCUCGCAAACGGUGCCGCUGGCACAAAUAGCAACAAUAUUAUCUCACAAAUUGCAGCCGUUAUGUCUGCAGCAGCUUCAGCAAAUAACCUUCCUUCAAAUAUGGGACCACAACCACCGCCGCCACCCAUAACCGCACCCAAUACAUCUACAGCACCACCACCAAUUGCAUCUAUAGGUGGACGUGUUGUCCCAUCUCCUUCCACAUUCAAUAAUGAUUCCCCUUUAGAAUUUAAACGCCUCAGUGCCAAUACAAAUAGAAGCAAUUCAGGUGGCGCAGCAGGUCCAUCAAAGCCAUCUUAUUCUUUCCAAUCACGUGAAACAAUCAACAGUUCUAAGAACAAUCAAAUGGGAGCAGGGCCAAUGGAUUUAGAAAAUGAAAACGAAAAUGCAACAUCAUCUAAUUUUACAGAUCUUCGACGAUUUUUAAGUGGUGGUCCAUUGAAUAAUCAAGAAAUUCAAAAGACAGCCAAUCCAGAACAACAAUCAACAGCUGUAACUUCUGCUGCUGCAGCAGCUGGUGGUACUGCUGUGACUGACAAUGGAGCACAAAUGUUUCUUAAUAGCAUGCUCCAUCAAGGUUUUAUGAUGAUGCAGCCAACAAUGAUGAUGGAUCCAAAUAUGGCACUUCAAAUGCAACAGUAUCCAAUGAUUCCUGAUAUCAAUAAUCCGCCUGAUCCCAAUGCUGCCACUCAAUUAAGUGGAAUUAUACCAACACCUGGUGGACAGGUUAAAGAAGUUAUUCAUUGCAAAUCAUGCACCCUCUUCCCUCCAAAUCCGACCGCACCAGCACCGACAAUCAGGGAUCGACCACCUGGCUGUCGUACAGUGUUUGUCGGAGGUCUUCCUGAAACCAUAACCGAGCCAAUUAUCCGAGAAAUCUUUGAGAGUUGUGGCGAAAUAACCACUCUACGAUUAUCUAAAAAAAACUUCUGCCACAUUCGCUUUGUUUAUGAGGCUUCUGUUGACUCAGCCAUUUAUUUAUCUGGCUACCGAGUUCGAAUACUCAACAAUGAACCGACCAAUUGUGGUCGAUUGCAUGUUGACUUUGCUCAAGCGAGAGACGAUCAAUAUGAAUGGGAGUGUAGACAGCGUCAGUUGCAACGAGAACAACGACACCGAGAACGAAUGGAACGCGAUCGAUUACGCUCGGUAUCGCCACCUCCAGUAGUUCAUUAUACCGAGCAUGAGGCUAGCACAUUAUCAGAUAAACUGAAGAAUGAUGAUACUUUUAUGAAAGCCGUUCAAACGCUUAUCGUUUGGCUGGAACGUGGCGAUUGUUCGAAAAAGAAUGCCAAUGUCUUUUAUUCGAUGAUACAAAGUACGAACGCACAUGUACGCAGAUUGAAUACUGAUAAAAUGCAGUAUGAAGAAGAUUUGCGUAUAGCUCGGGAGCAAUACCGAAAGCAAAUGCUUGGUAUGACUCAGCAAUUCACUCAGAUUGAAAAAGUGUUCAGUGCAGCUAGUCACAAGAAGGUUUGGGACCAUUUCACCAAGGCCCAAAGAAAAAACAUCGAUCAAUGGAAGAAACUAUCAAUGGAAAUACGUUCGGUCCAGAUCGAAGAUGACGAAAUGGAAAUGUCCGACGAAGAUCGAGAUUUUCGAAGUUCGAGUAGCAAACGGUGUCGUUUUGAUAAUGACAAUUUGAAGGAAGAAAAUGAUAGCUUACGAUGUCAACUGGAGGCCUUUAAAAACGAAAUGACACUCGUCAAAUCGGAUAUCAAAUCAGAUACUGAUUUUCGUGAUAAGCAAAUUAAAGUUCUUCAAGAAACAAUUCGUAAUAUGCAAACUCAAUUACUUGAAAACAAGUCACGAGAAAAGAAAGAUGCUAACAAAAUUGAUGAUCUCGAGCAAAAGCUCAAAGAAGCCAAUGUAAAACAACUUUUGUUAAAGACUAAAAUAGUGGAAGUUAGUGCAAGGCACAGUAAUCACUCUUCCAAGAGCUCUGAAUGUGAUGAAGUGAUUGUUAAAUCACCACCAUCAAUUGUAAAAGACCAUGACGUUAUUGAAGUUGAAGAAGAUGAUGAUGAGAAAGAAAAACUUAGCCAUGAUAAUAAAAUUGAUAUCAAAGACAAUUAUGAUCAAGAAAAACCCAAGACCGAAGAAUCUAAAGAGACAAAAUCUGAAAUUCUCGAUUUGGAUGAGGCAAGAAUAAUUGGUCUGGUGUCGACUUUUCUUGUUGUUCAUCCGAUGGGCGCUGCAUCUCACAACAUCUGUUCCUAUCUACAAAAUAUUACAAAAAACCCAUCUCUACAAUCCGAGCGAAUUAAUGAAAUUUUACAAAAAUAUUCAAAUUUAUUUAAAACCGAUGUAAACGAUAUAGACGUAGAACCAAAGUGGAGAUUUUGUGGAUUUGUAUUGCCAGACAAUCAAAAUAAUUGAUAAGACGGGAUGAUAUGCAGCUGGUCUGUAAUAUUUUUUUCUCCUAACCAAAAAAUUAAAAAUCAAAUCCAGGCCAGUAAAUAUGACAGGCGAAAAACCUUGAGAUUUUAUAAAAUAAGACUUAAAAUUAUUUGAAUCUUUAAACCAAUUUUUUUUUUUAAUGAAACAAAAAAAUAAAAAACCAAAAAUUUGUAUGAAUUAAAUGAGAUAAAUUGAAAAUCCUUCCUUCCUCAAAUUUAAUUUUAAGAAAGAGAGAAAUAAAAUAUACAAAAUUUAUUAAAUUGUUAAUUUUAAAUAAAAUUCUCAAAAAAAAAAAGAAACAGAAAAAAAUAACAAAGAUAUUAAAAUUUAUUUAAGAGAAAAAGAAAAUGUCAAACAAAAAAAAAAAUAUUUAUGCAAUUCACAAACCUAAUAGACUUUAUUUAAACAUAAUCGAGAGCAAAAAAAAAUAUUAUAUAUAAAAAAAAACAAUGACAAAGCAACAAAAAGAUUAACAUUGUGUAGGGAAUUUCAAGUAGAAUUGUAGAUUUUAGUGAGAAAAUAAU